AGCUUGGAUCUUCAUCUGAUGCUCUUGUGCAGUCUGAUUGCUUUGCUUCUUUUCUUAAAGGGAGCGUGGUGGUCAGAAAGGGCCCCGGCCUGGCAGCUGCAGGGCCCUCUUUCGCCCAAGUACUUGUAGAAAGGCUCGGCUCUGCCCUCCAUGCCCCGCAGCAGACAUCCCUGGCAGGUCUGGACUCUGCUGGCUCCGUUGACAAAGAGAACUUCAUCCGUGCUGCUGUCCACGGGAGGGGGAAUACCUGGCUGCGACUGAGCCACCUGCAGUCCUCUUGUUCAUGCGUGUCUUUCCCUAAUGACAGAGGAGGAGCAGAACUUCAGUGCAUAAAGGUACCACCAGUGGAUGCAGUCGGAGGAGCUGCAGCGCCUGACCGCCUCUGAGCCCCUCAGCCUGGAGCAGGAGUACGAGAUGCAGCGCAGCUGGCGGGAUGACGCCGACAAGUGCACCUUCAUCGUGCUGGACACGGAGCGGUGGUCCAGGCAGGCGUGCGCAGAUGAGGACUGCAUGGUGGGGGAUGUCAACCUCUUCCUUACCGACACCGAGGAUCCAACGCUGGGCGAGAUUGAAAUUAUGAUUGCAGAGCCCGGCUACCGAGGCAGAGGGUUUGGCAAGGAGGCAACUCUGAUGAUGAUGUCCUACGGAGUGACAAAGCUGGGGAUCACCAAAUUUGAGGCUAAGAUUGGUCAGGAGAAUGAAGCCAGUAUCUGCAUGUUCAAAAAGCUCCAUUUUAAGGAGGUUGCAGUGAACAGCAUUUUCCAAGAGGUGACACUGAGGCUGGAUGUUGGUGACCAGGAGAGGCAGUGGCUGCUGGAACAGACAAACCAUGUGGAAGAGAAGAGCUACGUUGAACCAGCUGGGGUGCUGGCAACCUGACAGGCACAUCCAGACACAGGCCUGGUUUCCAGGGAGGAGCUGGACGUUGUCGUGAGGUCUGAGCGUGGAGGACGCCGCACUUGGCUGGUUUAAUCUGUCUCCUGUGGUUACUUUCUCAGCUUUGCACCUUGUUGCACCAGCCAGGAACAGUGCCUGAAAUGUAGACCUGGAGAACAGCCACCGAUUCACAGGCUUGACAGGGAAUGACUGCAACUUUAACAUGCUGUUCCUGCAGAACCUGGAAUCGCCAGCUGUUCAUUAAACCCUGGUGCCACAAGUUUCUUGGACAGGCAGCACCCACCACUAUUCCUUCUCCCGCUGCCUUUAGAGCAGGGUUCAUCAGCUCAGCCGUCUCGGUACACCCAUUCUGUUUGCUCUUGAAUAAAAUGAGUGAUGAGGAUCUGAGGUGCCCGAAUGCCAUCUGGGAGCAGCAGGGCUUGGCUGCUUGCAUUAUCAUGGAAUCACUGACGUUAGAAAAGACCUCUCGGCUCAUCCAGUCCAACCAUCAGCCCAGCCCCACUGUGCCUGCUAAACCACAUCCCAAAGUGCCUUGUCCACAUGUUCUUUGAACCCCUCCAGGGCUGGGGACUCCCCACUGUCCUGUGCAGCCUCUGCCAGGGCUUCACCACUCUGUCCCUGAAGGACUGUUCUAUAAUAUCCCAUCUAAACCUCCCCUGGAGCAACUCGAGGCUGUUUCCUCCUCCGCUGGAAGCUGAACAGGGGAGCAGAGCUCUGUGAGCCCCCUCUUGUGGGGUGCUGGAUUCCAGGGGGGCCCUGGGAGCGAGAGGCUGGGAUGUGGGUGAGCACAACCAAAGGGCAGAUUUAGGUGAUGGGAAUCGCUGCCAUCGGAGCAGAGAGCAGAGCAUCGCACCGUGGCUGCGGAACACGGUGGCACUGGCAGCUGCUGGAGGCCACAGAGAAACCCCCUUGCUGAGUUGCAGGCUGUGCUUUGGACAUGGAAACCUCAUUUCGCCAGGCUGCUGUUACAGAAGGGAGGAGGAGGAGAACAGAGCAGGAGACAGCACAGCGAUCGCCUGCGUCAGGGAGCUCAGGACUUGCCCUGCUCAGCCUGGAGGUGCCGUUCACUGCUCUCCAGUAAGAUAAACGGGGGCAAAUAAUCUCUCUUACUGGGGCAGAGCUGUUUAGGGCAGGAGUUGGCCUCAGCUGUGGUACAGGAACUCUGUGAGGGUGACUUGCACAACUCCCACCGGACCAAGGCUUUAAUGCUGUGAUUUACCUGAGCCGUCCUGCCCCGCGCAGCAGGGAAGCUUGCUAAGCAGAGCGACAGACGGUGAGGGGGAUAACAGGCGCUGCUCCGUGUUCUCCCACUGCAACAGCAGCCAGAAUGGGUAAUUCUAGACCAGGAAUUACUUGUUCCAAUUACACAGUGCCAGGUAACAGCUUCCAGAUUUGCCUGCGGAUGUUUUUACCAGAGACUGGAAUUUUUAGUGUUGCUGUGCCUGUAUUUUUAGGGCCGGGGGUGUUUAGUUUUCCAGUUUUAGUUAAAUUAAGCACGUUCCUGUAACUAACAUUAAAACCAAGCGUGGGAACAGUGUCUUUUAAA